AUACAGACUUUUUUCUUUGGUGCGUUCGAUUUCAGUUAUGGAAAGAGUAUAUGACUUGCAUAUUCGCGGCCUAAUGACACACUUCCUUGACACUGUUUGUCGAAUGAGAAUGCAUAAUUGUUAUUGCAGCUUGUCUUUUUCUUUGCUUUCAUUUUUUUAUCAAGUUGAAAAAAAAAGGUUAGGAACUCGCUAUCAAUUAGGUUGAGUGGUUUCUGUUUCUUGUAUGUGUAUUUUGGUGUGGGAUGGACUUGUUGGUGUGCAUUCUUGGCUGGAUUGUGUGUUGGGUGUCUGUGGCAAUGGAUCAAUAGGUUGCACCAACAACAAUUAUGCAUCAAGAGAAAAGUGCAAAAAGUGCGGGCAACCAAAGGAGGUAGCGGCAAUGACAGCGGUUGCAAUGCCUGGAGCUUCUCUCCCAACUUAUUCACAUUGUUUUCCCAGGUCCCAAGGAGGACUGGACCAAAAGAUGGGUAGUGGAAUGAUGGCCAAUGGUGCUCCCCCACAUUUGCUUCCUUUGAACUGGCCUAUAGCAGGAGCUGAUAAGUUUGGAGUUCAGCCGGCUUCUACUUGGUCUGUAGGUGGAAACCAUAAUGCUGGAGUUCUACAUGCAAACCCUACUAAUCAGCUUCUCUCAGUUCCAAAAGGAUGGCACAGUGGUGACUGGCUAUGCAGUUGCGGUUUCCAUAAUUACUCAUCUCGAACGCAGUGCAAAAAAUGUGAUGCUUUUCCACCAGCUCUUGGAAUGAAGCGAUUAGCAUCUGAAGAGCUUGUUCAUGACUGGGAUAACAAGAGACUGAACGUAGGACGUACAGUUGGGCAGCAGCAAUCCUAUCCUGGGUUUGAGCAAGUGGUAGGGACCAGUGGUAACCUCGCAACUGGACCUUACGCUCCUUAUCAUCCCAAUAUAAGCUCAGGCAUGGCUCCGAAUUUGCAAGUGCGCAUGCCAUUCACACAGCAGGCAUUGCCACCUGCACUCCUUGGAAAAGGAGCAAAGCAAUGGCGUAACGGGGAUUGGAUGUGCACAAAUUGCAACAAUCAUAAUUAUGCUUCUCGAUUGAACUGCAAUAGGUGCAAGACCGAAAGAGAUGCGACCGCUCAGCCAGUCAAUGCCAUGUAGCCAUUCAAAUUCAUAAAGUUGCAUGCUUGGUGCUCAUUCAAGUUUUGAUUUGGCCUCUCAUUUUGCACUAUAUUGAGGUGAAAAUGAACCUUUUGCAUUAAGCGGCUGGUUAUCUCACAUUAUUCAGAUAGCAUAUCGAUAUUUCAAUGUUAAUCGUUGCUCUCCAAGGAUGUAAUUUACAGCUCCGUAGUUUCGUCUCACAGAGAAAGCUUUGUGUAUACUUUAUUGAUCGAGUAAUAUUACAGAGUCUCCGAUGCAGGUGAAGGCUUUUAACCAGUUGAGCUACAAACGCUAUGCAAACGAUAAAGAUUUGGUACGCAGUCAUCGAAAUCAAAACGAGAAGAAGAAAAUCUAUUGGAGAAGAGAGUGACUGAAUCAAUCAGGAACCCUUGAGGAUGGAAGUGGGAGAGAGAGGAGGUGCAUCCAACUGGUAAAGAUUAAGAGCCGGUCCAACAAACCUGAACAGAAUCCAAGCCCCAAUCACUAUGUAAAUUGAAGCAUAAGCAAACUUGUUUAACCAAAACAAAGCACCCUUCUCCCCCACGUAAAGCUCCCAUGCCUUCUCCCCCAAGCUCAUAUCUUCCCACUUCUUUGGAGCGUCACUAGCUUGAGCCUUCAUGACCCGUCCGCCGUCCCCCUCAUUGCCCUCCUCUCGCUGCUGCUGCUUCGUCCGCCUUCUCGACCUCUUUUUGAACCGCACUCCCGUGGGGUCCGGUGCUGCCACGCUGUUGCCGUCAGUGUCCGGAAUGCUAGUGCUGCCACCACCAUCACUGCCGGUAGUGUUGUAAACUAGUGUGCUGAUUCUGAGAGGCCGCGGACGGGUGGCGGGUGAGAAGAUAUGGUUCAGUUUUGUUGGAGAAGGUUUUGAGAGGGCGAGGUGGGUUGGGGAAGCUGGUGUUGAGCUGAGUAGGUGGAGGAGUUUGGCCUCCAUUGCUGAGCAAGUUUGGUGUUGCAGCCGAGUGAGUGAGUGGUUGGAUUUUGGUUUUAUCACUUUAUCUUUUCGUUGCUUUUUUUUUCCACUAUGAAAGAGGCCAAUCUGAUUAAGAAUAGUGUGGUUGGGCUUCAACUUCAAGUGGGCCUUAACAGUUUUUCAAUUUACUUGUAAUCAA